GCUCUGUUCAGGGUCAGCCAAAAAAAAGAGGUUGCUUUUUCCAGGUCAAACCGCUACAAGUGGCCCUUUAUUCUAUUUUCCUCUUUACAGCUCCUGUCUGUGUUUUCUUUUAUAAAAGUUACCAGGCGACACUUUCUGUUCAUAUAAUUGUACAUACAGUAUAGAUAUAAUUUCUCUAUAUCUAUUAUGUCAGGAGACUCACCUUCAUUAACGGGUGGCCGCUUCACACCCAUUAAUAAGAAAUAUCCUGGGUCACCCAAAAGUUCAGCAGCGAACAGUAACAUGGCAGGCAAUCGCAAUGCUAAUGCGCGUGCACGUCUAUUGACCAGCAAAAUCACAGCUCCUCGUCCCAUUAACCUGCCUAGCUUACGGCGAGAAAACGCCGGAUCAGAAACACCCGCUUCGCAAUCGUCCAUCAACACUGGCUGGGGUUCACCUUCCGGAUCCCCUUUCGCAUCACCGCAAAGUAAACAGGCUGACGUUAAAUCGUCAACUCAACUCUCUCCUUCCGAACCAUUCAGCGUGUCUCCCACCCUCAGUAAAGCCCCCAUCACUUCCAGUUCCCCAAGUCUCUCCACUGCGACCGCUCUAUCGUCUUCCCCAAAGCAAUCCACACCAUCCAUUUCAGCUACCUCGCCACCCGUCGCCACCAGAGCAUGGGCCGUUCCUUCGACGGUUCCCAAAAAGCCUUCUUUCAGUUCUUCGGAUACUUCUGAUUUCCCAACUGCGGCCGAAGCAGCGGCAGGUCACAAACACAAGGAAAACCAGCCUGUUACCCAUGAAAAGAAACCAGAAGAAGCUAAACUGCCUAGCUCAGAUCCAUCGCCGGGAACAAAGCAUGCCAUGUGGGACGAGAUGGUGAGCGAAGAUUUGGACUACUCCGUUUCCGUGGUCGAAUUCGAUGAUGGCACCAAAGUAGCGUUGGAUCCCACCGAAGAGGAACCCGAAGACAUUUCAGGCACCGCGGAAUUUGUUUCGCCAGCGGAACGCUUUACCGAAGAUUACGAUCGAAGCUACCCUCCUCAGUUACGUUCAAUCCGUGACGAACAGAUGCAUCCUUUAUCGGAUGAAAGUCAUCGUCAAGGAGGCCAAGGUCAUUUCCGAUCUUACCGUCACGAUCAGAACGACAAGCAUGGAUCUCCUUAUCAUCGAUGGACUCCCACCGACAAACCCGAAGCGCGAUUGCAUCCCUAUGGUGCAGAGCGACGAUCCUCUAACAUGUCAACGGGCGAACGUGGCCCGUGGGGUCGUCCUCCCAUCAGCGGCGAUGGCCAUCGACGCGACAGUGCACAAUCCAUCGAUUCGGAACGCAAUCCGUGGGGACGUGGACGACCUGAUCGAAGACCGAGCCAGGAACAUAAAUCCGGCUUCCAUCCUACCCUUUUACAACGUCCGCGACGUCCAUCCGAGCAUAGCGCGCGUUCCGAGCAUUCGCAUGAUGAACGUGGAUCGUUCCAUGCCCCCGAUGCCAAUUCACCUGCUGGAUCCGAGGCUCUUCGUACGUCACCGCCCAAGGAACCGUUUGCCGAUCGGCCACCGGAAGUGGCAGCUGCUCAGAGAGAAGUCAUGCUGACCGCGGCGGAACGAGCCAAGAAACGACGUGAUGAGGAAGAAGCCGAAUUUGAAGCAGCACGUGAACGAGCGCGUCAGAAAGCCUUGGCUUUAGCCCGUGACAGUGCGACGAAGGAGCCCAAGGAGACUAAAGAGGCGAAAGAGGCAAAAGACGAAUCGAAGGAUGCCAAGCCAAAACAGGCAUCGUCGAAUCCAUCUUCUACGUCACCCGCAAGCGAGAAAGCCAAGCCAUCGAUGUCCUCUGAACGCACACCCUCGCCGGCCAAUGCGACGACCAAGUCUUCUCCAUCCGAUAAAGACGCUGUCAAACGCGAAUUGUCAUGGGUUCAGAUCGUGGACCCCAAAAAGAGAGAAUCGCCAUCGUUUACCAAAUCACCGGCGGCCACGGAAAAGGAACAAGACAAACCUUCAACCGUCGAUACUGCUUCGGAACCGCCCAAACCCAUGCCAAAGGAUUGGACCGAGGAUGAUAUUGCUUGGGAAAAUUACGUAAAGACGGUGAAAUCAUCCAGCAACGAUGCCAAUGCUCCCAUCAAGACCGGAGUCAGUGAAUGGAACUCUUUUGCCUCGCGUUUACAGCAAUCCACCAGACAACGUCGACAACAGGUGACAGGCGCUUCCGUGGCUGAAGAAAGCAAAGAGUCGAAUGAGACCCCAGUGCAACAGCGAACCACACCGGCACCACGAGGUCGCGGUCGCGGUGCUCAUGGAGAAGAUCGUGAACAAAGUGUUUCUCAGGAUCAGGAUCGUGGUAGAGGAAAAACAUGGGAUAAUCGUCGUAGCGGCAACGGACGUUCGCGUGACAGUACGGAUCUCGGUGCUACGACACCUUCACCGCGCGUUUCCAAAGGACGUGGCGAAACCAGCGAUACCUGGCGUCGUGCAUCAGCUCCAAAGAAAGAAGAACCAUCGCUCCAGGGUGUUGGGAUUUCUAGUCCAUCAGACGAAACUGCCGUGUCACCGGAAUUGACCCAGCCAUCUUCCUCCGUUCAACCCUCUUCAGAUACCCUUAAAAAACCGUCGAGUGAUGUAAUCACGGAAACAGAGGAACCCAUGGUGACAGCAUCCACCACAGCACCAGCAGAGAAGCAUCCAUCCGCCAUUCAAUCCAAACCCUCAACGACUACUACAAAAUCGGGACCGUCGCGUCGUGUCAAACGCUCCAUGUGGUCCAAGGAGAAAAGCUUGUUGCACCGUGCCUCCGCUCCCAUUUUUCCCGAAGCCGUCGAACGUAUUGCCGCCAACAGACCGGCUUUGUUGAAAUUCACAGUGGACACAGAUUCUGAGACCGAAGAAGAAGCUUCAGCACUUCUAGAACCUCAAAGUCACACAGUCGCAGCCGAUACGGUAGUCGAAGAGGAAGUGGUAGCUGUCAGUAUUCCGCUGCAGCAGGAGCAGGAGAAAGUGGCGUCGGCCGAACUUGGCACGGAAUCGACUUCUUUGACGGAAGCCAUCGUCAGUGAUCCCACCAAUAAUUCGACAACCCCAUCCACGGUCUCCUCUUUUGGUGCUAGCUCUUUGAAUGUCUCGAAUCCUGCUACUGCCCCAUCGGUAGCACAGCAGUCAGCUCGUGGACGUGGUCGAAAGAUGGAAGGAAUGGCACCCGGUUAUGCGGAUCCUAAUAUGAUGGCCAGUAAUCCAAAUUACCCAUUCUUGGUAUACCAGUUCCCCGCCAGUGAGGGCGCAGGCAGUCCUUCGAGAAUGCAAGCUUUUACUGGACGAUCCGAACAACAAGCAGAUCCGUUCAUGUCGCCUGUGAACAAGCAGCAGGGGGCAUCGCAACCUCCAUUGGAUAUCUAUCUCAUGCCACCGCCUCAACAGUACAUGUCCAACGGUCAAUAUUUACCCACUUUCCCACAAACUGGCACUGGUAAUAUGCGAUUCCAACCGGUGUAUGUUCCGCGAUUCCAAUGGAAUGCCGCGCCUGGCCCGCAGCGACCUCACGCCGUGUCUCCCACCAUGGUCCCUCCGCGACCUCAGUCUAGACGUCCUUACCAUGCACCGCGGCCUUGGCAAUAUACGCCAUCCAACACGGAUACCAAAUAUACACCGGGUACAUCCCAUUCUCCUCCCUCUUUUGAAUCCAUGCCAAGACCGGUUUGGCACGCACAUCCUGCCGCCUAUUCCAACCCACCCCGGGGUCACGUUAUGAAUGGUCAAUAUCGUCCUCGAGGCAACGGUUAUCAUCGUGGAUCCGGUCGCGGUUAUUGGUCCUCUCGUGGUCGUGGUGGUGGUCCUUCUGUUGCACGGGAAGCUCAAGCGUCGACUAGCAGUGAACGAUCUUCCUAAACACUCUUUGUGGCCUACCGUAUGUUUUGCUUUUCUUUUCUUCUCUCAAAAAAGCUUAACAUUAUCCUGUGUUCUACCCCUUUGUUUUUCUUUUCUCCUCCUUUUGCAUCGUAUGCUUUCCGUUUUCCAUCCAAAGAAAUUAAAAAUUCAAGGGAGAAAAAAAAAGAAAAACACUAUCAUGGAUAUAACUUAAGCUAGCUAGUGUAAUAAUUUCCAUGCGACAAAAAAAAUAUUCUAAUUUGACAGCAAUGUCAAGAAAAAUAAAUCCAAAAACAGAGAAAGAUCCUGGU